AAAAAUUCCUCUUUCUUUCAUAUUCUUAUGCUCAUCAUCUUGUUGAUUUCUCUUCUUUUCUACAAUUUCAUAGAGUAAAGCAAUCCCCUUUGCUUUCCUCUUCUCCCCCAAGCACUUCAUCACUUCAAAAGUUUCUAAAUGGAUAGACCUGCAAAAAAGAAGAAAAGCUCACAAGUGCUUAUGCCACAGUAUUACUUGGAGAGGACUCUUGGUAUUGGAUCAUUUGGUAAAGUGAAACUUGCUAGGCAUGUUUCAACUGGGCUCAAAGUUGCCAUUAAGAUACUCAAUCUCCAAAAGUUAAGUGCAUCAGAUGCAGAGAAAGUUAGGCGAGAGGUUAAAAUUUUAGCAGCAUUUUCCCAUCCUCACAUCGUUCGGCUGUAUGAGGUUAUAGAGAUAAGGUCUAAAGUUUAUGUUGUAAUGGAGUAUAUGGAUUCUGGAGAUUUAUUUUGCUAUAUCACAGUAAGGGGUCGGCUCAAGGAGGAUGAGGCUCGCAUUAUCUUUCAGCAGAUAAUAUGUGGUGUUGAAUUUUGCCACCUUAAUAUGGUGGCUCAUAGGGACCUCAAGCCGGAGAAUCUGCUCUUGGAUUGCAAUGGCACUGUUAAGUUGGCAGACUUCGGCCUCAGCAAUACAAUGACUGAUGGUCAUUUUCUGAAGACAACAUGCGGAAGCCCGGAAUAUGCUGCCCCUGAGAUCAUCUCAAAGCAAUUCUAUGCUGGCUCUGACGUCGAUGUUUGGAGUUGUGGUGUUGUUCUAUACGCACUUCUUUGUGGAAGGCUUCCUUUUGAAGCUGAAAAUCUCUCUUAUUUGUGCACAAAGAUAAAGAGUGGAAUUUACACUCUUCCUGCUCAUUUAUCACUUGAGGCAAAAGAUUUGAUUUCUCGCAUCCUUGUUGUUGAUCCCAUCACAAGAAUUACCAUUCCGGAGAUCCGUCAACAUCCAUGGUUCCGUUUGCACCUCCCGUGGUUUCUAUCUGUGCGUGCUGAAGAAAUUAAGGAAAGAUCAAAACUGAUUAACAAAGAUACUUUUGAAGAGGUGGUUGGCUUGGGAUUCAGCCACAGCCUUUUGAUGGAAUCUCUUAAGAACAGGUUGCAGAAUGAGGCAACGGUGACUUAUUAUUUGCUUUUGGAUAGGAGGCUUCGGUCCUGUAAUGCAUGUAUUCGUUAUGGAUUCAACAGUGAGAAGGAAUUCAAGACCGCAAAUACCUCCUUGCAGCAACAAACUUACAUAGAAAAUGUGGGAGUUUCUCCAAGAUCAAAUGUGCCUUAUCAAACUACCUGGACAGUUGGACUUCAGACUCUAACUCAUCCUCAUGAGUUAAUGCUUGAUGCUUUGAGUGUUCUCCGGCGUCUAAAUGUGUCUUGGAAAAGGAUCGGCAGUUACAAUAUGAAAUGCAGAUGGCUGCCUCCAGAGCGAAAAGUUUCACUAGAUAUGAAUCACAUCCCAUUCGAGGCGACAAUUAGUGAUACUGGUGUUGAAUUAAAAUCACAGAAUGCUGUCAAAUUUGAAAUGCAGCUAUAUGAUCUAACAGCUUUACAAGGGUCCCGAGAACCGAUACCUCCUUGACUUGCAGAGAGUCAGCGGCCCGCCGCUACUUUUCCUUGAAAUAUGUGCAAAAUUUCUUUCUCAAAUUCGAGUUUUGUAAUGCUCUUCCAAUGCUCUUAAAAAUUGACUUCUCUGCCUCAUAUGGCUAGCUUGACAUUGUUUGCCAACAGAACCAAUAUAUAUUAUAUAUAUAGCAAACAAUUUUUAGUAUCACUGUUCUUGUAAAUUUGCUUUGAAAUCUCAUGUCUGGAAAUCUAUGUAUUCACACAGUUAGAUUGUUUCUAAUGGAAUACUUGUCCAAUAAAGCAGGGAAUGAAGGUACUUUUGAAA